AUGGCCGCCGAGACUGCUACCCCUUCCGCUCCCGCCCCUGCUGGCGGUCGCCCGCAGAAGCCAGACGAGACUGUCUUCAAGGCGGAGGUCGAGAAGGCCGAGAAGGCGCACAAGGCCGCCAUGGACCGUCUGAACGCUGUCAAGGCCAAGAUCGAUGUUGCCAUGCCCAACAAGAACAAGGACCAGGCUAGCCCCAUCCAGAAGCGUCGCCAGGAACUCAUUGCUCAGGCCAACGAAAUCCGCCAGAAGCAGGCCGGUGGCAAGAAUGCCCGUACAUCCAAGCUCGACCAAAUCAAGCGUCUCGACGAGCAGGUCCGUAGCCGCAUCGCUGAGCAGAAGACUGCCAAGGCCAAGGUUCCCUUUAAGACCGCCGACGAUGUUGACCGCCAGAUCGCCAAUCUCGACGCCCAGGUUAACUCAGGCAGCAUGAAGCUCGUCGAGGAGCGCAAGGCCCUCGCCGACAUCUCCGCUCUGCGCAAGGUUCGCAAGGCCUUUGGCCAGUUUGACGACUCCCAGAAGCAGAUUGAUGAGCUCCGCGCUAAGAUCAAGGAGAUCAAGGAUAGUAUGGAGGACCCUGAGCAAAAGGCCAUGUCGGAGCAGUACAACAAGAUCCAGGCCGAGCUCGACCAGAUCAAGGCCGAGCAGGAUACGGCCUACAAGGGCCUGUCUAGCCUGCGUGACGAGCGUACCAAGCUCCACGCCGAGCAGCAGGAGACCUUUACAGCCAUCCGCAAGCUCAAGGACGACUACUACUCGCAGAAGAAGGCCGCCAUGGCCUACGAACGUGAGGCCCGUGAAAAGGCCCGCGAGCGCCGCGAGGCCGAGAACAAGCGCUAUCACCUUGAGCGCAAGAAGGCCGAGGCCGAGCGCCUGCUCUCUGAGGCUAGCGACCCUGCCUUCCUCGAGGAGAUUCGCCGCGCUAACAACCUGCUCGUCUUCCUUGACCCCAGCCAGAAGCCGGCUGAGAAGACUCCUCUUCUCGCUGCCAGCGGCAUGACCGCCCAGGCCCAGCGUACCGUCGACGCCACUGGCCUCAAGGGUACCGCCCUCAAGAAGAAGGAGGAUCGCGGAGACGACUACCUCCCCGCUGCGAAGAAGGGCAAGAAGGGCAAGAAGAGCGGUGCUAGCACUGCCACCAAAGGCUACAGCUGCCCUCCGUCUGUCGUGGAGGACUGCGCCUUCAUGGGCAUUGACCCUCCCAUGAGCGCCGAGGACGUCCCCGCGGUUGUUGAGAAGGUCCAGGCCAAGCUCAACAGCUGGAAGGCUGACCAGGCAGCCCAGACCCAAAAGAACGUCGACGCUGCCAAGAAGAGAAUCGAGGAGCUUGACAAGGCGGAUGAGGAGGGCGCUAACGGCGACAAGACUGAAAAGGUUGCCGAGGACCUCAGCAAGGCCUCCAUCUCCGAGAAGCAGGAUGCUUAA